GGGUUGGGGGAGGUGGCUGCCGUACGGGCCUGGCAUGCCUGGCAUGAAGCACGUGCUCUGUAGUGAAUGGAGGACGGGGAGAAUGUGAGUGGAGGGAGGGACUAGACGGCAAGUGUGGGGGGGAUGAGGGAUGGAGUGAGGUGGGAAUGGAUGGAGGGCCGGGCAGGCUGUUGAUUAGAUUUCCCGUUGCCUCCUUUGUUGAGCCGAGCUCUAUAAAAUGGUCUGUGGGCAGAAAAGGGCAUCGGACUGACGAGCUCAUCCCCCUCCCUACAACCCUGGCCCGGGGUAAUGCCGGGUGCAGGGCCCUGGUUUUCAUGCACGCCGCACGUCAGCAGUUGCAGUAGUAACGGUGGAGAAGGCAGCGGCGGCGGUGGUGGUGGUGGUGGUUGCCCAGCAAUAACAACAGCAGUUGCUGCAGCAGCAGCAGCAGACGUACACGCCGUGGUCGCAGAAGCAGCCGGCAGGCCGGCAGAAGAGUGCUGCGUGCUGCAGCCUCGCUGUGCGUCGGUUGCCGCCAUCGCAGGCUCUGUGCUGGCCGGCCAGACGCCACAGUCUGUAGCACUACCUGGCCAGUCCCGCCGUGUGUACCAUGACUUACCGCAGCAGCAACAUCAACAACCACGCAGGCGGCAGCAAGAUGAGAUCCUGGUUCGAGCAGACGUGUUUCUGUACCAUCUCCUCCUCACUCACAAGUAUGGCAUGAAUGGAGAUAGGCCUUAUGCGCGGUCCCAUGGUAAGGUUCGGUACGGAACGGAAAGGCUGAGAGCGGACGCGGUGGCUCAAUCCAGUCACCCCGCCCUGCUCUACUCUCACCACCAGCGGUACAGCUACCACGAUCAUCAUCGUCGGGACCAGCACCACCACGACCUCCAGCGACUGCAAGAAGAGGCUUCGCUGAGCGAGAACGACAGUGAUGAACACAUCAUGGCCGGAUCACCGCUCCGCGACCAGCUGCACCAACAGGAGCUAUACCACGACAACAACCCCGACAACAGCGCCGCCACCAAGCAGUACCCGCUGCCGCCAGCGUUCCAAAACGGGUGCAAAGUCGGGUGGACAUGGAACACGGCGGACAAAUCGCACGAGGUCAGGCUGUGUGGCCGGCGUCACAGCACGGCGCUCUUCCACCCGAACUGGAGCAACGGUACGGCAGGUGUCCGCGGCACUCGUCCUCUCAAUGGUGGGGUGCACUACUGGGAGGUGCGGGUGUCCAGCCGGGUGUUCGGCACCAGCAUGAUGUUCGGGGUGGCUACAGCCCGUGCACGCUUGCAUGUCGACGCGUUCGUCAACUUGGUAGGGGAGGAUCGCGAAUCAUGGGGGAUGUCCCACAAGGGUCUCCUGUGGCACGGCGGUCGUAGCCGGGUAUACACCGCACCCUUCCGUGAAAACGAGGCCACGACCAUCGGAGUCUUUUUCGACGGCCUGCAGGGUACUCUAACCUUUUACAAGGACGGCGAAUGUCUGGGACUGGCCUUCUCCGGGCUGGACAGUGUGCAAGACGACAUCUUUCCUGUCGUCUGCUCUACCGCCGCCAAAACGGAAAUGACGUUAGGCGUGAGGCGUCGGGCUUUCCUGUCACUGCAGGACCGUUGUCGGGCAGUUGUCGUCGGAUCGCUGUGCGGCCAGAAAAAGGUGUCUGCCAUCAGCAAACUGCCGCUGCCAAACCCCAUGCGACAGUAUAUCCGAGAAGAAGCAGCAGCGAGUGCGCUGUGAGCUGUCGCACGUCGUGUAUCCCUCCGCCGUAAUUGGCCGCGUCACCGCCGUCAUCAGCCAUCUUUAAUUCGUCGAUCCCUGGGUUUUUUCUUCUCUUCGUGUCUCACCAUCAGUCGGCCGCUCGCAAAUCAUGACCACACCAUCGCUUUGUUCAUGGUCGACAAAAUCAGCAAUGAAACCUUACGUCGUCAAGGACAGAGGAAAAAAUGUCGAUGAUGCAGAUGAAAUAUGUUACCUACAUGCCCUGGAACAUAUGCCACCAGUCGCAGGUUAUUGACACGCCGUAUGUUCGCUGUUUUCUUCCUGUCAAGGUCGGACCUGCCACAGUUGUUUGAAACCAGACUUGUUUUAUGUAAUGAUCAAUGAAACUAAAAACAAAAGUCAAUCAUCAUUUUUCGAACGCUGCUUAUAAUUUCGACCCGCAAGAUGACCGUGGAACAAGGUACGUUUUUUUCCUGUUGCUACAAUGCCGUCUCCCGCUGCUGCAACGAGCGAAGAUAUUAAUUGACUUCAACAACGGCACGAGGUACAGGGGAUGUCUCUUGUGAAGCAAUGAUGCCAUGUGGGGACAACACAACCUCCAGGACACUUUAUGUCUUACGGCUCAGCGUUACAUCCCAAGUCCCCUUCUCUAGAGCGUGCAUCGAAUCCUUCAUUUCAUCAUUAUCUUGGUCAUCAUCUUUGUCCUUUUCGUCGUCUACCUUUCGUCAAGGGAUCAUCUUUCUUCGCUCAAUCGCCAUCAGUUUUGUCCCCAGUCCUCACUUCAUCGAAAUUUUUCAGAAAUGAACAUGGUACCAGUAAGGUCAACAUAUCAUCUUUGUUGACUUCUUCUCCUUCAGCGUAUCACGUGGUUGACGUCGUGGCAAUGACAGGACGUCAAGAAAGAGGACAGCACGUCAGAUCCUACGAAACAUCAUCUGCACCGUCGUCAUCAUUAUCGCUGCUGUGUUAUCACCUUAAUCGGAAGGACAACGAAAGUUGUUGAGACUGACAUCCCCCAGUCGUGGCAACACCUGAACACUGCUAUACAAUACAACGGUAGGUAGUAACCAAUUACCAAAUUACUCUUUCCCAUCGGUUUCUAUGGCGACGUCCUUCCGACACAAAGAACUUCUCAUGUCGGCAUACUCAAUUAUACAACCUACAGUCGCAAAGAUAGAGCAAUGUACAUAUCAAGAAAACUGUGCUAGAGUCUCAGUCAUAAGGUCCCCGCUAUUGUAACAGAACUGGAUCAUCAAAUGCAAUUGACUUUAAAAAAGAGAAACAAUGUAAUUGCAAUGUAAUUCAACUCUCUCUGGAGAUUUUAUUGCAAUAUUUGGCUCUUGUUAGUUUUCUAUUAUAAUACUUCGGUGUAAUAGUGAAAAAUGUUUCCAUCAUUUUGAAUUUUCUCAUAUUUUAUUUGGAUCUGAACUAGAAAACAAAAAUAUUCAGCAUCAAAGUCAUAACAUCUACAACAGGAACAUCUUUGAAAAUUUGAUGCUUUUAUCAUGAAAUCACUAUGUAGUAGAAUUUUAUCAUGUUUUUAUUUUAUCGCAGUUACUUGUCUAAUGUGUCCAGGGCCUGUAUGUACAAAGUUCUUGUUCUUUGAGUACAUUAUGUUCCUGUACAUUUCAAAUCCUCGUAAGCACGAGUGAUGGUUGGUGAACGGCAGUAGAUUUGCGAGCUGACCUUUUAGCAUUGACCUUUUGGGAGGUUGCCGAGUUCCCUACAGCUUCCAUGCAGUUAUUGUAGGCAAAUAGCGCUUACACAGAGAAUGACAUUUAUCGAGUUAGUAACGUUCUGAAUUUACGUAGCAUCUGAUCAACUCCUUUAUGAGCUCAGAGCCAACUAUGGAUAUCAGUACCGCAACUCGCAUGGCUAAAUUACAGAUAAUAUACCUUAAAUAUAGUUCUGCAAACUCGCUAGGCUAUAGAGAAUAGAUUAUUAGAUAAAAUAGUAUAGAUUAAGCGUUGGAGUCGGUAACAUGCUAAAUCCUGAGGGGGACAGUAACAGGCCCAUGUACAUCAGUAAGCUGCAAGACCUCAAAAGCAGCGAGAACACGCGUGCUACCUCUGUGUACAGCGAGGACAACACAGGGAGGUUUGGACUAGUACAGAUACAAUUAAUUUAUAACUAGCAUCAGUAGUUUAAUUCUUUUAUUUUGCACUGACUUGUUAACACCAGCUGUUCCCGCCCAUUGCACUGCUCUUGGGUUCAAAUCUCGUUUCGGACACGCUAUUUUUUCUCUGCGUGUUACAUCUGUUUACAAGGUUUGCUGUUUCGUCUUAGUUGCUAAUCCCCAUUCCGCUACCUGGAGCGUUCGUUGAGAAAAUCUGUUGCUACGUUAACUUUUUAUCAUUAUUAUCGUUGGCAACAGAUAUAACAAAGUAGGAGAUUAAUUUCUUGCUAGCUUCAAACUGUGGAAACGAAUCCACAUCCUUCCCUGUCACCUCCUAACCGCGAUCCCGUUGCCUCUCUGAGCGCUGCCAUCGAUGGUGACCCUUUUUUCUACCACCCCUUCUCUCUCUCCUGCCCUCUUUGUGGCCAGCCACUCUGUGCCAAACCAGACAGGGAUGGGAGGGGAGAGGAGGGGAGGGAAAAGUGGGUUAGCACCCCGCCCGGUAUCGAUCCCCUGCACGUUCCUAGAUAAGGUUGAGAGCCUUGUUCUACGAAGUGGAGAGCGACGUCACAAAAUGGCCGCCUUUUAUCACAGAACCGAGUCUGAGCCCCCAGCAUCUCACUUCUGUUGUUGAAAUUUCAGUUAUUCGCAUCUCGAUAAAGGCAUUGUAGGAGUGAAGACAGUUUCAUGUUGUUUUCCUUAUUUCUUUUUUUAUUUAAGAAAGACGUGGAAUCAUAACAUUUACAAUAAGCAAUGUUGAAAAACGUCAUUGUCAUUCAGGGUCGAUUUUUUCACACAGGUCGAUAGCUAAAAUGGCGGUUGUGAUUAAAGGCACGACAACAAACAGUCGAAGUACGAAGAGACAGCGGUUUUUAACAAGAAAGCUAAUAACUAAUCUUUUUUCAUACAUUCAGAGUAUGUAAUUGUAAAUGAUUGUUAGUUAAUUAAUGAAUAAUGUUCGAGCAACUGCGACAGUACAUAUCGGAAAGGUGAUGUGCAUAGCAACCUGACUUACGACGCGAGUCUAGCCAAGCCUUAGUUCUGUUUUCAGCAGCUAUUCUCCUCAAGCCAUUAGGCUCAUGUACUGACAAUGCGUGCGUUGUGGGACACGUGCGUCAAGCCGAUCAAUACGCCUGCACACCCGUCGCGGGAGUUCGUGCACGUGCAUGCACAGACAGACGAUGGUGGCAGACAACGGGUCCUACACAGCCCUGGUACAACGCUCUGAACUUUUAGUUGCCAUCUAAAAAAAGGGUUGCGGGGGGAGGGAACUCGGAAAGGAGACUCGCUAAUGCGUCAGUCCUCCACGUUCUUUAAUUUAUACUUCCUUUUUAAUUUCUUUAGUCCUCUUCCUUUCUUUCUUGUUUGCAAUUCCUUUUUGAAAUUUUACCGAACGGUUCCAAGGAAGAAAAAAAAGCAUUAGCGACCAUCCAGAGCUUCACUUACACUGCAGUCGCCGGCUGUACCCCGGUUACAGUUUACGACUGUCGUUAUAGCCGACGGGUGGCGAUCGGUGAAAGGCGCGAUGCAACUGUGAAAAGAAUGGAGUGCUUUGCAUUAAUGACCUGAGUGUGACCUUCGUUGUCGUGAAAUAUUGAUCACGCCCGGCCUUGUCGUCGUACCGUUAAGUCUCGGUUUUCGGCAGCUGCGAGCUUCGUGUCGUCUGCUUUCAUGCACGCAGUUUCGAAUGUAAGAACAAAGAACGGAUUAAAUGCAGCCGACAUUGAAUGUUUCAAGUUUGCUCCAGCUGAUAGGGAGUUGAACAAACAUCUAAAGUCUUUAUUUUAAAAAGGCAGGGAGAGGGGCUUCAGCAUUUCUCAAAAUAGUGCGUUAAAGAAAGCAAGACUGAAAAUAACCCGUGCUAUUUUAGAUUGAGUCCAUUUAACGACGUCAGUAACUUUCUCUAAAUAGUUAAUUAGCCGCCACCCCAAAGAAGAAACCGGGAGCUUUUUUAUUUUUCAAGAAACUCUUGACAGGAGCAGUCCAUUAGGCUCGACUGUGGUCACAUAGCUACUAUAAUUUUUUGUAACUAUAUUCUGUCACCUUUGUACGGUGCAAGUACAAUUUGCACGGUUUUUGAAACCGGUAUUGUUUAUUACAUAUCUAAGUGAAAUAUCGGUGCGUCAUCAUGGUGAGAAUCUGGUGCUUUCAUGUCAAAUGUACUAUUGUUUCUAGGUUGCUUUAAGUACAUAUUUUUUAAUGAUAUUCUUCAGAGCCCUGAGCUAAAAUAUGUAAUACACAGAUCAAUUUGUUAUGGAUAAAAGUGUAUUGAAAGAAAACUUGUAUGUCUUUUCUGCAGAACAUCACACACUGUCCAACAGGAAAAAAAAAUCACAACCACACACAUUUGUUGGUUAGUGUGGUUAGACUCUCGGCGUACAAUAUUUUGUGACCACUUAGCACAUUUUAAACUUUUAAUGAAACUGCUAUCAUCAACAUAUAUAUGAAUAUUUCUGAAGAAAUCAACAUCCCUCCUAUAGUAUACUGUGAAUUUUUAUCACCACAAAGUACUGUCAAUUUUUAUCACCAUAAAAUACUGUACAUAUUUUAUUGCCAAUAAUGUAUAUCUUUUUGAUGAAAACAAAUUUGAAAGAAUGAUGGAAGUAUCAGAGAGAUUUCCAUGACAUCAUGUUAUAAAGACGCACUUACAAUGUUAAAUUGGUUUGUGUGUAUAACAUCUGUACAAAACUCAUGUUGUUCAUGAUUGUUUUCAUAGCAUUGGAUUUUUAUGGGGAAGAUUGAGAAAGAAAAUGCAUUAGGGAUCAAUAUCUGACGUAUGUUUAAUGACUUGGCCAUUUUAAGGUUCCCGGUGGAGGAAUAAAAACAGCCAGUUCAAAAUGCGGCUUUACCAUAUAUCUAGUAGCAAUUGUUUAGUCGAUAAUGACUAAUCAUUUGUGUAUUAUGUAUCCCCAAAAAUGAUUUAUCAUCCAUUCGUGAAUCAUUUUUGUGUAUUCAACAUGAAUUAGUCCCUAUAAAUGAUUUAUUAUGUAUAUAUAUAGAAAUUUUAUAAGUUAUUAUUAUUUCCUUUUCCUAUAAUAUAUAGAGUGAGUCCGCGAGAUAGAUUUAGAAAGAGACUAUGACAGUUGCCUGUAUGUACUUGUCUGUUCUUAGAUUAUUCAAUAUUCAUUUGUGGAUGAGGUCUACUAGUCAAUUGUAUGAUAUUUACUAUAACUGCACAUUUUAUUUCUGUGUGGAUAUACGAGUUAAUGUGUUUGUGCAUUUUCCUGUGUGUGAGUGCGUGCGUUUGUGCGUGUGCAAUUUGACUUGUCCUGGAUGUGAGCGCGUUGGAGGACUAUGUUUACAGAACGUUUCUUGCAGGGGAACUAACUCACGGAGACAGGUGCAGUCCCUUGGCUCACAACCCGUGUAGCAACUACCCUACCUUGGCCGGAACAGUGCAAUAUUGUACAGAAGAUAUUAAUAUUUACGAUUGUAUAAAAUUCAGUAAUCAUCAUCAUAAUUAUAAUCAUCACCAUAUCGUCAUCGUCGAUUUCUUCAAGUCUUUUUUUGGUAUCAUAGUUCUCCUCACAAGGAAUUGUAUCGAUGUCGUUGGAGAUGAAUCUCAAUCUGUAAAUAGUCUAAAGUUUAUGUGUUGUAUCUAAAGUCAUUGUUUUCAUUCCUGUUAGCAUUUUAGACGCUGUAACUCAUAGCGCUAAAGUGAGCGAGUUUGCGCGCAUGCAAUAUGCGUGCACGAAUGCGGACUGAUCGGCAGCCAUUUUGAUCAUACGUUUAGGUCUUUAUCUUUUGAGUAGUCUUUAGACUGAAGAAUCUUUUCUAUAGGCUUCUUAAAGUGGGGGUUUGGGGAGGGGGAAUUAAAAUUCGCCUCUUAACCUAUUUAAGGUCGGGGAGUGGAGUGUGAGAGAUUACGUCCUGGGGCCAGCUUUAUGUGAUGAUGGUACCAUCUCCUCUCUCACUGCCUUACCUUCCCCAACCUUCUAUGGAGUCAGGUACCCAACACUGCCAGCUGGGGCGAUUAAGGGAAGCUUGCUGCGCUACUCGGGUAUCGAACCAUCGCGCCUCUCGGUUCGGACGUCAGCGCUCUAACCACUCGGUUGACACCUUUCCAAACUUCUCCAGCUUCUGUAACCAAGAAGAAGGAACUAAAAUUGCAAAAAAACCAAAAGACUGUUUUGUAAUAUCUGAAAAGUUAUAAAUUCCUGAUAUAUUGCUCUACCUUUUCUUAGAAUUUAAGGGUGUCUACUACUUAUUAAUAUUGUUUCUUUUUGGUGACUACAGCUAUUCUGUAUUAAAGAAAACUUUGUGGGAAAGACUGCAAGAAUGUACAUGAUCUUAAAAAAAAAAAAAUCGGUGGUUUGUGGAUUUUUCUAUUUGUUUUGAUCUGUAUUGAAACUUGAAGAGUGAAAAUUAUACUGAGGUAAAUAUUAUCAAUAACAUUAUGAAUUUAAACAUUUUCAUUAAUAACAUUGUAUUUAUAGGUGCGAUCUGGAUUUGAUGUGUAAAGAAUCACGAUUCUUAAUAUAAAAUGGGCAUAAUAUGCUUUUAUAUAAAUUUGUAUUUGCA